AUGAACUGCAACGUUCCGUCUUGUGCAAGUUCAAGUGUAGGAGCGGCUAAUCAGUUCCUUUCGUUACUUUUUAACUACUUAACCGUCGCUCAGUGUUCGCUUUCUUCUCCGGAAAAUUGGCCAGCAGAUUAUGGAGAUAUUGCAUUGAAACAAGGAUUCCAAGAAUAUGAUUUCAUAGUCGUUGGAGCUGGAUCAUCUGGAUCAGUCGUUGCAAAUCGUCUCAGUGAGAAUCCAGAUUGGAAAGUUCUUCUCCUAGAGGCUGGAGGAGAUCCUCCAAUUGAAGCUGCUAUUCCUGUUCUGGCGCUAUCAACGAUUAACUCGCAGUACGACUGGAAAUUUUACGCAGAUAUGCCUCAAACAAAUGAUAAAAACUCUGUAAGAACAGAAAUAUGGCCUAGAGGAAAAAUGUUAGGUGGGUGUAGUUCACACAAUGGGAUGUUCUACGUUCGAGGAAAUGAAGAUGAUUACAACGGCUGGGAAGCUAUAGGAAAUCCAUCGUGGGGAUUUGAAAAUGUCUUGAAAUACUUUAAGAAAUCCGAAACAAAUCGUGAUCCGGAGAUUGCUGACGCCUAUGACGGAUACUACCAUUCAACUAAAGGACUAAUGUCAGUAGAAUUGUUUAGAGACAAUUCAACAAUGAAUAACGACUUUAUUCAAAUUGCUAAGGAGAUGGGUUUCCAGUUUGUUGAGGAUAUAAAUGCAAAGGAUCAUAUUGGAUUUACAUUUAUUCAAGGAACUCUUAAAGCUGGAAUAAGAGAAAGUACAGCAACAGCUUUUCUCGUUCCAGCAAAAAACCGAACUAAUCUUCAUAUUGUCAAAUACGCUCAUGUUAAGAAUUUAGAGAUUGACGACAACGGCGUAGUAUCAGGAGUAAAGAUGAUUCUAAGAGGAGAAGAAGAGUUAGAAGCUUAUGCAAGGAAGGAAGUUAUAUUGAGUGCUGGUACUAUAAAUUCCCCACAAAUUUUGAUGCUAUCCGGAAUAGGACCAGCUGCUCAUCUUGAAGAAAUGGGCAUUCCUGUAAUUAAGGAUCUGCAAGUUGGGAAGAACUUACAGGAUCAUUCAUGUGUGCGAAUCUUAAUCAGAGUGAAAAAAUCAAUUGAAGUUACUCCUACACCUGAGAUUAAUUUACUGAAAGCCUACUUUGAAUAUCUUACACAACAUACAGGAUACUUUGCAACAAUUGGAAUCCCACAAACGGCCGGUUUUAUUAAUGUUCGGGAUCCUCUUUCGAAAUAUCCCGAUUUUCAAUACUACCAUUUCGCAUUCAUGAAAGGACAGAUAUCUGAAAUUUUAUCCCUAUUCGAUAGGCAUGGAUAUGCUUCUGAAAUGAGAGAGUUUUUAAUGACUCAAAUUGAAGAAUCCAACAUACUCGUAACAACCAUGGCAUUGCUAACUCCAAAGUCCAGAGGAGAAAUUUUACUACGCAGCUCUGAGCCUACGGAAAAACCUAAAAUUUAUCCUAAUUUCCUAUCAGAUAAUGAAGAUGUGGUAUCCUUUGUCAAAUCAAUUCAAUUCUUUCUUAAAUUCCUGGAUACUCCAACGUACAAAUCCUACGGAGCUGAGUUAGUUGUUGUGCCAAUACCAGAAUGCGAUGCUCUAGAUUUCAACUCAGAUGAUUACUGGGCUUGUUACUGCAAAUAUAUGAUUAUUAAUGGCUAUCAUCCUGUUGGGACAAAUAAAAUGGGUCCAAACACUGAUCCAGACGCCGUAGUUGAUCCACGACUAAAGGUUAAAGGCACUGAAGGCCUGCGAGUUGUUGAUGCCAGCAUAAUGCCUGUAAUUCCUAGAGGGAAUACUAAUGCUCCGACAAUUAUGAUUGGAGAAAAAGCAUCGGAUUUUAUUAAAGAAGAUUGGGGGUACAUUGAUUAA